UGGGCAAGUAUUGACUUGAAAGCUGCUUUUAGGAUGUCUGAAGAUGAUGAAAAAGUUAAGCUCCGUCGAAUUGAACCUGCCAUUCAGAAAUUCGUUAAAGUGGCAAUUCCAACAGAUUUGGAGAGGUUAAGAAAACACCAAAUAAAUAUUGAGAAGUAUCAAAGAUGCAGGCUCUGGGACAGAUUGCACGAAGAGCACAUUAACGCAGGACGAACAGUUCAGCAACUCCGUGCCAAUAUGAGAGAGAUGGAGAAACUCUGUUUGCGAGUCCGACAGGAAGACAUCCCAGUUCUGCAGAGAAUGAUAAAUCCCGUUAAAGAAGAAGCUUCAUUUGCCAUAAAAGACUUCCUGCAGCUCCAUUCUCAAUCUGCAGAAGAACUUAAAAAGCAACUCGAAGUACAGGAGGAUGCCUCUUUAACCAGAUCUGCAACUGUAGGAGGAGAAACUUUAUAUAACACAGAGGUGAAGGAUGGCUCCCAAAGUUUAAUCCAGAUCUACUCCCGCCUUCCUGAAAUACCUCAGGAAGAAAAUGCAUCUGAGUCCUGGGAAUCUUUGGAAGAGGACUUGAUUCAGCUUAGCCAGUUGGUGACUGAUUUUUCUCUCUUAGUCAGCUCUCAGCAGGAGAAGAUUGACAGGAUUGAAGAACAUGUCAACAGUGCUGCUGUGAAUGUUGAAGAGGGAACCAAAAACUUGGGGAAGGCUGCAAAAUACAAGCUGGCAGCUCUGCCUGUGGCAGGUGCAGUCAUUGGUGGAGUGGUGGGGGGUCCUAUCGGUCUCCUUGCAGGCUUCAAAGUGGCAGGAAUUGCAGCUGCACUUGGUGGUGGGAUUUUGGGUUUCACAGGUGGAAAAUUGAUACAAAGAAGAAAACAAAAAAUGAUUGAGCAGGUCUCUUCCAGCUGUCCAGAGCUUUCCUGCCAAAGUGCCAAAAAAUCCAGCUGA